AACACUUUCUUUACAAAAACAGGGCAACCCCUGCUAUAGUUCAUAGCUUCUCCCUACUUUCAUCUCUUCACCUAAGAGAAAAACUUCUCCGCCACUCACCCAGAUAUUCACAAUCUCUUUCUCUAGUUCCUCCUCACUUUCCUCUCACUUCCAUGCUAACUCCUCUGUUGUCCAUUCUCUAGGAAAGAUCACUCCAGGGGAUGGAAAGAGUCAACAGCACACUGUUGACUGAGUUCAUCCUGACAGGAAUUCCCUACCCAAUCAGGCUAAGAACAUUUCUUUUUGUGUUCUUUUUGCUCAUCUACAUCCUGACUCAGCUGGGGAACCUGCUUAUUCUAAUCACCGUCUGGGCGGACCCUCAGCUCCAUGCCCACCCCAUGUACAUCUUUCUUGGUGUUCUCUCUAUCAUUGACAUGGGCAUCUCCUCCAUCAUUGUCCCUCGUCUUAUGAUGAACUUCACUGUAGGCAUCAAACCCAUCCUGUUUGGUGGCUGUGUGGCUCAACUCUAUUUCUAUCACUUCCUGGGCAGCACCCAGUGCUUCCUCUACACGCUGAUGGCCUAUGACAGGUACUUGGCCAUAUGCCGGCCCCUCCACUACCCUGUGCUCAUGACUGCUAAGCUGAGCGCUUUGCUUGUGGCUGGAGCUUGGGUGGCAGGGUCAAUUCAUGGGGCUCUCCAGGCCAUCCUAACCUUCCGCCUGCCCUACUGUGGGCCCAACCAGGUAGAUUACUUCUUCUGUGACAUCCCUGCUGUGUUAAGACUGGCCUGUGCAGAUACAACAGUCAAUGAGCUGGUGACUUUUGUGGACAUUGGGGUGGUAGUUGCCAGUUCCUUCUCUCUGAUCCUCCUUUCCUACAUAAAGAUCAUUCAGGCCAUCCUGAGAAUCCACACAGCUGAUGGGCGGCGCCGGGCAUUUUCAACCUGUGGAGCCCACGUAACCUUGGUCACCGUGUGCUAUGUGCCCUGUGCCUUCAUCUACCUGAGGCCUGAAACCAACAGCCCCCUGGAUGGGGCAGCUGCCCUAUUACCAACAGCCAUCACUCCUUUCCUCAAUCCCCUUAUCUACACUCUUCGGAAUCAAGAGGUGAAGUUGGCCCUAAAGAGAAUGAUAAUAGGCCCAGGGACUAAAAGUGAGAUUUGAAAGUAUGUGUACCCCACUGGAGAAGUCUUCACACUUAGAAUCUGUUCUAACGUUUAGAUUUUAGAAAGUUUUUUUUUUUUCUUCUCGCUUUUACUCUUUUAUGUAGCCACAUUAUAUCAUCAGUACAACAGUAUCAAGAACAGUU